CGACGGAGAGUUUGGAGAUAGGAGGAGAAGAGGGCUAACGAUCGAAUAUGGAAGACCAUGGAAGGAUUGAAACGGUGGCAAUAUCGCUGUUGCAACUCAGAAUAACAACAAAACAAUUUUGGAGAAAAAAAAUGACGGCUGUUUCGUAAACAACACAGAAUUUUAACUGACAGUGACAGGACUGACAUGUGUCAUUUUGACAAAAGCAGGAUAGCUUUUUGCGAACUACAAAAACGUAAACAAAGUAUUUAAUUUAAUUAAAUAUAAACCCAAUACAAGGAGGAAGGUUGGAACACUACUAACGCUAUAGGAUCAUAAAUGGAAAAUCCUAUGUAAUCCCUCGUGAUCAUGAAACUGGAAUAAUUGGGCUAAAAUUGGCAAUGGCUAACGAAGAAGCCCUUCAGAAUUAUUCAAACUCAAUCAAAUUAAUAAAGCGACAAUGCCGUGAAGCGGGAAUUAGCGAGGAAGACUUCAAGCGGAUGUACUUCGAGUCCUUGAAAGAUGUACAAAAUGAUAUUGCAACAACACCUGGCAGGAGAAGAAUUUUCACAAAACAACGAUGUUUAUUUGGAGGCAUCAUUAUGCUUGCAAUUAUAGUUUACAACAUCAAAACAAUCCACAGUAAUUUACAAGAAUAUAUUUACCCAGGCCUACAAGUUCUUCGAAGACUUGCAAUUCCUUUCAUAUCAUUAUUUCCCUCCCUAACAGAAUUUUACCAUGAAACCUGCCUCAUUCAUAAUCCAUACUUCACUGUGGUGGACAUGGAGUGUUGGCCAUGUAGCACCGUGCACCAUGUGCAGCAAAUAGACAACCCUGAUGAACACAGCAGACUACAGAAUGUGCCAUUUAUUUAUAAGACUGACCAAAAAGUUGUAAGAAUGAAUAAACUUAAAAAUAUGUAUCUUAAGAACAAAGAUAUCCUGGACAUGGAAUCUUCAAAAAUUGUAACAAACAACAAAUACCACAGCACACCUAGUCAAAUGUUUGAUUCACAUGAAUCAGGAGAAAAGUCAUUGUUCAUUUGGAAAUUCAAUACUAUGAAUACAGCUAGACUUAUACGGCAGAUUAUUCAAAGGCCAAAGGUGGUGCCCAAGUUUGGUCAAAGUACUGAGCGGUUUGUGAUCAUAGACAGCAGCCAGCAGUCAUUCACAGUUCCAGACACGGAGUGCAAUUUCUCAUUCAUCCUGGCCGUGAGUGGCUCCAGAGUUGUCGACUUGAGGCCAGCUGAAGAAUGCAAACAUCAGUGCAAAUCACUUAGAAGAAUAGAAUUGAAGGAAACUUACUUAUUGUGGUACAACUGGUGGUAUUGGAAGCCAUCCAUCCAACCCUCCAAUGGCAAUGAGACUCUCAUUGCACAUGUCGGUUCCUAUUGCUAAGAAGAUGAU